UUAAGCGGCUUAAAAUUCUGUUCUGCAAAAGAACACGUAUGGUCUUUGAAGAGCGUCCAAGGAGACACCCAGUUCCUGUACCCGAGGACAAAAAAACACAGCCCCUCUCCGGGGAGGCAAAGCGGUGUGUCUGAAGUGUCGGCCACCCAUUUCAACAUGAAACUCGCCGCUGCUGACGUCACCGAGCCAUCUUCGUGCACCUAAUCCAGGCGGCUGUUUAUUACACCUUCAUUACCACACAGAGACCCGGGCUGUACUGACAGCCUGCAGGUGCCGCAUCGUCGCAAACGAGGAGGGGAAAAGCAGAAAGAGAAGCCCUUUGUAGUGUAGGGACACCAUUCAGUGCUCCUCCUAGGACGUACAGGCAGGGAAACGCCACAAUAACCAACCAGAGGCUGCCAGAGGGUAGAGAGGAGCGCGGAAGGCAAUCCACAUCCAUCUGCCAGCCACUUAGUGCGUGCUAGCAUCUCCGCUCCGGAUUUCAGCGCAGCUGUCGAGCUAAUACAACCAGGAAAAUGUCAGCCCCAGCAGCCGGAGCCCCUGCGCCAGAGGGAGGAAGUCAGCAACCUCCCAACCUCACCAGCAACCGCCGUCUGCAGCAGACGCAGGCACAGGUGGAUGAGGUGGUGGACAUCAUGCGCGUAAACGUGGACAAGGUUCUGGAGCGUGAUCAGAAGCUGUCAGAGCUGGACGACCGGGCCGAUGCCCUGCAGGCUGGAGCCUCUCAGUUUGAGACUAGCGCUGCAAAACUGAAGAAUAAAUACUGGUGGAAGAAUGCCAAGAUGAUGAUUAUCCUGGGUGUGAUAUGUGUGAUUGUCCUCAUUGUCAUUAUUGUGUACUUCAGCACCUAAGAAGAGUCGCACCUACCCCAGUCUGAACCAAGCUUCCUUACGACAGAAGAUAAAAAAACAACAACCUCUAAUUGAUGACAAAAUUUACCACAGAUGAAUUGAUUUAUUGUAUGUACGUAUAUCUCCGCCCCCAGCUAGCCUCGAUAUGACACCCCUACACCCUUCAGGGCCCCCCGUGGCUCUCCUCAGCCCCCGUGUUCCUUACUUCCACAGCCUCGCCUCUGGAUUCCCUGUCGAUAUUUGUUCUGUGAGUGUGUGAGCCUGUCUUCUUUCUGAGUACUCUUGGCUUUUCUAACCCUGCCAUACUGGGAACCAAACCCCUUCCCUCUACCUUUACUCCCACCCCACCCCCCGUGACGAUGCAACAACAGAAACCGGUCCAACAAUUGGCGAUAAUUGUCACAUAGCUGAUAUAUAGAGUUCUUUGUAGAGUUUUAUUCUGAUAUAUAUCUGAUAUACUGUUUUGUAGGUGUGUGUGCGUGCGUGUGUGUGUGCAUUUUGUACUUUUUAUUUUUUGUAUUAAUUUGAUGUAUGCUUUAGCGUUGACUACUGCCUAUUAAUGAAAGUGUGCAUCUUGCAUGUGCUCUACAUCCCCCCCUCUUGACUGUUUUGUUGUCCAAUUAGCCACCGGGAAAGAAAAAAAAUAAUAAUUUGCCCGCAUUUCUCUUGAAGGCAGACUGAAAUUCACCCUCUUACCAACACUUUUUCCUUUCUCGCCAAAAAAAAAAAAAAAAUUAAUGUUUUUGCUUCUUUUUUUUUUUGCUACUGCUAGCGCUCACUCUUUGAUGUUAGUGAAAUAAUGCAUGACUUGUGCAACGAAUCCUUAGCUUUCAUCACUUCCGGCCCGACCCAGCUCUCGUUCCUGUUUUCUGAGAGGGAUUCUUAAACAGCGACCGUUUUACGUGUCUUCUGGCGCCGUCUUGUUUCUCAGCAGCAUGCUUCCCUCGGACAACUUCAAACUGCCAUAGUACGAUCAGACCAAUGUCUGUAGGUGUCUUUGUUUUUUUUUUUUUUUUUGUUCUUUUUAUUAUUAUUAUUUAAACAUUACGUAGUGUCUUAUUUCGAAAACAUUCCUUCAUUGCAGUCUAGUGCAGAUGCUCUUACUGUAGCACAUGUAAGUGUGAGUACCUUAAAAAAAAUACAAGCUACGAACCUUGUGUCAGGAAUAACGAUAGGAGGAACAGUGACAAGGUGUAAAGUUACUCUUUUAUGCAUAGACCGGAUUGUCCUAAGGAUUUUUUUUCCUACAAUUUUGCUUUAACAUUAUACUUAUGAUAAAAUGGGUGAUUUUGGUUUGGAAAUUGAUUCUAGCACUGGGAGGGUUAGGGGGGGACAAAAUGCUUCUGCUGCAAUGGUUUGUGCAGAUUUCGAAUCCGUUCGAAACCUGCACAAACGUCCGCGUUUUUGACAGUGGCGCCCGGCUGUAUAAGCGGACCGCCAGUGCAGCAGAACCUCUCCACGUUAAGAGCACAUAAAAAAAAAUUAAAUGAAAAGUCAAAUUAGCUGGAUUGCCAGACAAAUGAAGCGAGUAACGCCUGAGAAGAAAAGAAGCAGUAACUCAAAAAAAAAUAAAAUAAAAAAAAAUCGUAGCAUUCCUAAGACGAGUGUUUUGCUAGCGCUGUGGUUCUGUCUUCAAGUUUCUUCUAGUUAAUGCCUUUCUUUUUCUUUUUUUUAAAUAUAAUAGACUCUAUUUUUUAAUCAUAGUAUAUUUUUGUGUGAAGCAGAAGAAGCAAAGAGGACGCGAAGCUCCUCUUUGCUUCUGUCUGGUGUGUUUUUGUAGUUCAGCUCCGCGUUACACACUGCCAAGCAUUAAAGGAAAACAGUUAUUUUCCUUAUUGCGGUUAUUUAUUUCAUUUGUGCACUCACUGGUUUAUUCUUGAAGUACUUUCAAACCACCUUUUUUAAAAAAAAAUAUUAUUAUUAUUAUUAUUAUUCAUGUGUGCAUGAUGGUGGCUACUUGGUCAGUAAAAGAGCAGGGUAAAGACAAGGCACUCUUCGAGACAAAGAGUUGCACAUGUUCCUCAGAGGCGACGCAUCAGAACUUCCCUGAAGCUAACUAUUUGUGGGGAGGGGAGACUUAAAAGUAACAACAUCCAACCACAGAAGAAUGUCGCUUCCAAGAAUUUCCAUGUGGUUUGGAGUGAAAUCAAAGAUAAAACAGUUGUCGGUUAAAUUUGUUAAAUUUUUGGUUUUUUUUUUUUUAAGUGCUGUUCUGCUUUCGGAGCUUAUUCCAAAGAAAGCCUUUGUGACUCUGCCUCUUUUACUCUCCAGCCAGCUACACGGAGAAACCUGCCACCUUCUCUAACUCCUUCUGUGUAUUUGGCGUGUGUGUGUGCAUGUAUGUAUUAGAAUAGCUCCGCCUUUGGAAUAUCCCCCAAUCCCUCCCACCGCCAUCCCUCCUUCCGUUUAUCCCGACGGAUUUAGGCCGCUUAACUCUUAGAGUGAGGACAUGUCAGUUUUCCUUCGCCUCUGAAGUACAUGGGCGACACGAGGCUGCAGAUCUGUCAGCCUCAGCAGCAGAAAGUCCCACUUCUUGAUGCUCCUUCAAAAAGUUAAACGACCAAAGACCAAAUUUCCGAGCUAAUGCUGCCAAUAAUUGUUAUAAACAAGUCACUACCCGAGCUGUCCGGCUCAGAUUUAAAUUCCUACUGUCUUAGGAACAUAUUAGUUUAUCAUACACUAUCUAUGGAGUCAAGUUUGGAUUUCUGAGUGUGCCACCCUGACAUAAUAUGCAACUCAAAUGCCGAACAGAAACUCCCACCCGACCCCGCCCUUUGCCGUGUGGAUCCAGGUCCGAUGAGCUUCUUUUAAUCUGUACAAAGUUAGUAGACACACAAUCUUGUAACUAAUUAUAGCACAAGUCUUCUUCUCUUUUUUUUUCUGUAUGCGUAGUCCUGCCAGGUUUGAAAAUGUGUAAACUAAGUAUAGAUAACAGAAAACUGAGAAAUGUUUUCCCAAAAAACAAAAGAAGAAAAACCUGCAUUGUUUAGUGUUGUAAUAUUGGGGUGUGGGGUGUUCUGGGGGGCAGGGGGUCCUAUAUCCUCAGGUUUAAGUUGUUUGCAGUUUACCAAAAUACGUAAGAGGACAAAAAACAAACAAACAAACAAAAAAAAAAAAAACUAGCAAACUGUAAAAUUGGAUUCCUUUGGCAAUAUUAAGUGAUUUAAGGGUUACAAUGUUGUCCUUUUAGCCAUUUGUACAGGACAUAAACACACAGUGGGCUCUGAGGUGAAAUAACAUUACUGAUUGGGGUAGGAUUUGUGUGUUCUCCAUAAAUCCAACUGUCCAGUUGUGUCCAGUGAGUGCUCAACCGGUUUGGUCACAAUGGUGAAAAUGAAGUGAGUGCUCUCUCUCUCUAUCUGACUUUUCUUUUGUUUGUUUUUAUUGCUUUAUUGUCCAUAUGAAAACCAAUGUGUGCAAAUGCUUUUAACACCGUGGCACUUCUUUCUCUCUCUUUUUGUGUGUGUGUGUGGGUGUGUGUGUGUGCGUGUGCGUGCGUGUGUGUGUGUGUGUGUGUGUAAUUCCUUGGUUUCGGCGGGAGUGGAGAACAUGAUCUUUCGCCAGCCAUCGGGAAGGUUCAGUGAUCUCAAUGCUGCGUUCAGGUCAUUUGCAGCGCGUUCGGUGAAUGUUGUUGGAAAGCCGGUUUUGAAAGAAAGAAAAAAAAAAAAUCCCAGAACGAGCUGAACGCAGCGACAGGAGGGAACCUUACUGAGACAUUGAAUGUUUCCUGGGUGGCUUUAGAUAUAUGAUGUUUUUUUUUUUUUUUUUUGAACCAAAUGUUUUUUUUUUUCUUUUUUUUCUGAUUGUUUUGCGUUCGUCAAGUAACAACUCCAGAUGUCACUGAAUUGUUUGUUUGUCAGCACUGAUGGACCAAGCGAAAGAAAAUGGCGUGAGUAGAUGAGAGAAGAAGAAGUAUUUUUGUGUGAAGGAUUCUACAGUUUACAUCAGAUCGCUGUUUGUAUCGACGAGAUAUAUGAUUUUUCUGUUUAAGCCAGUUCAUUUGUGAGGGAUGGAUUCUUUCGUUUUACCUCCUUUAGAGACAGGACCACAGGGACGAAAGCACACAUUACCCUUGCUCAUCUGGCCUUACAGGAGGGACAGGACCGGAGGAUCAUGGGCAAUGUGCUUGGUGUGAUUUUCUUUUCUUUACUCUUUACGCUUUUGUUUAGAUUUAUUGUGCCGUCCUUUGGUUUGGGAUUAGAGUUUAAACAAGGUCGAUUCAACGCAAAAGAAGAGGAGACUUAGUUGGGAAAAAGUACAUGAAAUAAUUGUAGUGUAAAUCUAUCAAUGUCUUAUUAUAUUGAUGAACAUCAUGAAAUAUAUGUAUAUUGGGGAAAAAAAACAGUAUCUAUGACAAAUUGUACUUUUGUGUGUGUUUCAUGGUUUCCUGUGCUUUUGUGGGUGUGCAGCAAGGGGAUAAUGUCAUUUGGACUGCCAUUCUGGGACCUGUGUGAAUAAGCAUAAAUUUACUACCAAUACAGAAAUUGACCUUUUCUCUAAUUGAUCCCUACUAUGUGUUAAGUGUGCCAAAACAAAUACAUGGAGACCUGGAGCCAUAAACUGCACAUUUCUGCA